AUGCAUGCCAUUCAAGAAGAACCUAUGCCUAUGGCAGAUGAGCCCAUCCCCUGGAAAGAAGUCCAGCUAUAUCCUGAGCACUUGGAGAAUCUCACUCGUAUAGCCAGUGACUUAUCGCCUGAGCUUAAAGAAGAAUUGAUCCAGUGCUUAACCCACAACAGGGAUGUCUUCGCCUGGUCUGUGUCAAAAUUACCAGGGUGUUUGUUCGGAGUCAAAGGAGGAAAGUUCUUGGGAUACUUAGUGACUGUGCGGGGAAUUGAAGUCAAUCCUGAGAAGGUCCAAGCACUUCGAGACAUGAAGGCUCCCCAAAACCUGAAGGAGGCUCAGAAGUUGUGGGACGAGGAAUGCACGCGGGCUUUUGAAGAGCUAAAAAAGUAUUUGGAGACUUUACCUUCUUUAUUCAAGCCUAUUACAGGAGAGCCGCUUUGGAUCUACCUGUCAGCCACCCCUGAGGUCAUGGGGGUGGUGUUAGUAAAAGAGCAGGACAAUGUACAACGGUCAUUGUACUUUUUUAGUCAUCUACUGAAGGGGGUUGAGUCUAGAUACACAGCUCUGGAAAAGUUUGUUUACGGACUGGUGCUCAUGGCCCGACGUCUAAGGUCUUAUUUUUUGGCAUAUCCCAUCACAGUCUUGACUAAUAGCACCAUGGGUAAAGCUCUUACCAAUGUAGAGGUUGCUGGCCAGCUUAUCAAGUGGGUGACAGAAUUGGGAGAGUAUAAUAUAGUUUAUCAACCUCGCACGAUAGCCGUUCGGUUAAACUUUAGAGCUACUAAUAAGGAGGCAGAGUAUGAGACAUUGUUGGUAGGGUUGCAGGCAACCCGACAUGUGGGAGCUGCCCGAGUAAUCAUCUAUUCGGAUUUCCAAUUGGUAACACAACAAGUAGCGGGCAACUUUGAGGUCAAUAGUGAUAAGCUGCAGGUAUACCGAGAGGCUUAUGAGAAAAUGAAAGAAGAGUUCAAGGAGGUCACAGUGAGCAAGAUUCCCAGAACAGAGAAUAGCCGAGCUGACGAGUUAGCCAAAAUGGCUAGUUCUCUGACCACAUGGGUCUUGGACAAGUCAAUAGUGGAGACAUUUCUCAUAGCCCAGAUAGAUCUUCAGAAUAAUGUGGAGGAGCUUAUUAAUUGGAGAGCCCCAAUGAUUAGUUAUCUUCAACAAGGUAUCCUACCAACCGACCUGAAGGAAACACGACUGGUCAGGAAAAAGGUUCACGCCUACAGCAUGAUAGGAGAUCAGUUAUAUAAGCGAGCAUUUUCCAGACCUUUUCUCAAGUGUUUAAGCAUGGAAGAGGCGGAGCAUGCCUUACAAGAAAUACAUCGAGGGUGUUGUGGCAGUCACGCUGGAGGUAGAACAUUAGCUCGCAGGGUGUUGCUGGCCGGCUAUUUCUAG